UUUGGGGCAAUUACCAGCCAUGAUUCAUCGCCCCAACCUCCUUAUCAGAUAAACCUGUUGAUUACCAACUCGUGGGGCGUCACCGCACGCUGAAAAUGAGCGAAAACACCGAAACCCUGGAAGCCCCAAACUGGCUUUCCGAGCUCGAAAAGAAGCGCGAAAUUCGACUGAAAGCCCGUUUGGGGCACGAAGCCGGCGCCGGGGCCCCCUGUAUCAAGUGCAACGACAAGUGCCCAGGUUUAGAUCUCCACUUCUGGCGAAAAAUCUGCAAGAACUGUAAGUGCUCAAAGGAGGACCAUGAUGUCCACGAUGACGACAUUUAUGGGUGGGCGCAGUUCCAGCUGCUGGGCAGCAAACCCAACAGGAUUAAAAAGAAAAUCGUUUUACCGGGGAAAAAGGAUGAAGUGGAGUUGGAUUGGGCCCCCAAGGGGAACACCGAGACUAUCGAUAAGUAUUUGAAGACGUUGGCGCCGGAGAGUUUGCCGGUGAAGGGGUCCCAGGCGGCGCAGGAGCGAAAGCAGCUACUACAAAAGCAAAUUCCGAUUCAUGACAUUGACCCAACCCUCUGUCACGAAUUGACUGACUCGGAGUUAGCUAAAAUGCAGGAUUAUAUCAAACACAUGAAAAACAGCGCUGGAGUGGGACAGGUUAUCCAGUUUAGUGUGAAUUAUGGUAAUGUACAUCUCCUGGGGGACCUCAAUGUGAAGGUCGUCGCAGACCGAUACCCAAAAGGUGUGCCUUCAAUAGAAACCGUCCAGUUACUAGGUGAACGUAAAGCAGGCACCUUAACCAAACAAUUCGACAAGUUAGGGAUUCAAGACCAGAAAGAGUUGGAUGCUUUCUUUGAUAAAAUCCCGAAACCGCACAACAUGACAGCUCACACCGAAAAGUUAGGUUAUGGCAAUCUGGCAACUACCCCCGACAAAAUCCCCAAAAGUAUGUACACCCCGGAAAAUCGCGACUUCACCCUUGAAUUAACCCGUAGAUUAACUAACGUCCCGCCGCCCCCUCUCGUCAAUAUUCAAGGUCAAGACGUACCCCGCUACCCCCCGAACUACUCGCAAAGCAUCGAAGUUAAUAAAAACCUGGCGUCGCGAUUCGCCCGCGAGCACAUUUUAAGCGACCCGAACCUAGGGGCGGUGCCUAAUUUCGCCAAUGAGGCGACGACUGAGCCGCAAUUCGGCUACGCGAGCGCGGAGGCGGUGCCUAUUUAUCCUACCGAAAACACGGAACUGUAUAGGGCGGGGCCUGACUACGCCAACGAAAUCAACCGCAACGCCGUCGAUCUCCCGCAUUACGCCCCCGGCACUCUAAAUAUACAGAGUGAGCAACAAAACCCCACUUCGGUUCGCAACAUCCGCGAUUUAGCGUACGGCACGCACGAUUUAGCCAAUUCCAACUACAGUAAGCCGUUGCAGUCGUACAACCCGAGCCAGUUGAGCGUGUCCGAAAGUCAGAUGGUGCCAAAUCCGGUGAAUAUCGGGCCCAUUCGUGACAUCAGCUACGAAUACAGCGCCCCUGAAAUCAAACAAGCGAUACAAGGCGAAAACGCGUUGUUCGAAGGCCUGGAACGCGGGCGCCAGGUCCCUGAAGACGUCGCUCUCGAGACGAAACAGUGCCGCAAAUGCUCCAAGUUCUUCGAGCCCGGCGAGUUCGCCAUUUUCGUGGAAAAAUCAAACGCGCUUUACCAUUCCGAGUGUUUCAAGUGUGCUGGGUGCAACCAGAGUCUAGCCGACUUGUUCUAUUUCUACGACAAAGAGUCCGAUAACAUAUAUUGCGGGCGCGAUUUUGCCAAAAUCCGCGGGAUUCCCAGAUGUAAAGCUUGCGAUGAGCUUAUUUUCGUGAAAGAGUAUUGUUUGGCGGAGAAUUCGACGUUCCAUUUGAAGCAUUUUUGUUGCUUCGAGUGCGAUCAAGCUCUGGCGGGGCAGAAUUACGUUGUUGAGGAUUCGCAGCCGGUUUGUUUGCCUUGUUUUGAGAAGCUUAAAGCCAAUAAGUGCAUUAGUUGUUCGAGGGUGAUUAGGCCGGACGAGCAGGGGGUGUCUUUGGCUGAAGGGACGCACUUUCAUGCUGCUGAUGAGUGCUUUUGUUGUUCGGUGUGUAGGAAGGUGUUGCAUGGGGCCAGGUUGUUGUUCAGAAACAAUAAGUUGUAUUGCUCGCAUGACUGUUUGAGGAGCGAUCAGUGAUAUUUUUGGAUUCCAAGUUUUACAUUGAUGAUAAGAUUUACAUAUUUUAUUAUAUUAUAUUAAAUUUUCUAUACUUAGCUAUUUUGUAAGUAUAUUUUAUACGACGGUAUCAUAUUUUUGUAUCAUUAUUAUGAAAAUGUGCCAUUUGUAUCGAUUUUAUACGAAAUAAAAGUUCCUCGAAAUGUA